AUGAAUAUUGAGUACAACGAUGUAAUGAUUGAAAUAUUCAACCGGCUACCCUUGAAGUCUCUGCUGAGAGUCAGGUGUGUCUGUAAAUGGUGGAACCAGAUCAUCUCCGACCCACUCUUCAUCUCUAAUUACUCAAGUUGUAAUCCGCAGUACCAAGUCUCAGGAUUCUACUUGCAGAAGUAUUUAUUUCUUAGAAUGUAUUCAGGGUUAAGGUUCAUUCCAUGUACCAGCCAAGUGGAUGCUGCUCCCAAGCCAUCUCUUUCUUUCAUUGAUGAUGAGAAUGGUGUUUGUAUAAAGCACUCUUGCAAUGGCCUCCUACUUUGCAGUAGCUUCCGUUGCCAUGAAGAAGACCGCAAAUACUACAUCUGUAAACCCACCACAAAGCAGUAUAUGCCAUUGCCCGGACCUCAGUGCAAAACUGUCUUUGGUAUUAGCAUUGCAUUUAACCCUCAAAACUCACCCCAUUACCAAGUUAUAGGCAUUUGUGACUCCAAAUUGUCAGCAAACCAUCGCCAAAUAAUGAUAUACAGUUCGAAUACUGGCUGUUGGAGAGUGUCAGGAAAUCCUUUUGUAGUUUUGGAUGAUUUUCUAUUCAACCGAGGGGUCUUUUGGAAAGGUGCUUUACAUUGGGUUGGCAGGGGAGAGUCAUCACUUCGGUUUGAUGUUGAAAGGGAGCUUCUUCAUACAAUGAUGAUGCCUCCCAUUCCAGAGGGCUGGGCAGAAAGGAGAUUUGAAUAUUUCGGUGAAUCGGGAGGCCAUCUAUAUCUCAUCGAGAACUAUGGCCCUAAAAAAGCUGUGUUUGAUGUGAUGGAGAUGAAUGGCGAUUAUUUUGGGUGGUUUGUGAAGUACCAUGUCAAUCUCGAUGGACCACUGCCUGCCCCGUUUCCGUUGAUCCCAAGGCACCAUCAGGAACUUCAUCGUCGUGUUUUCUCCGUCUUGCACAUUGUUCAUCGAAGAGUUGGAGAAAGGGAUGAGUCAAUCUUGGUACUCCAUAUUCCUGGAGACUUGACCCUUUACAACCUUAGAGACAACACAUUGAUGAGCCUUCUGACCUGUGUCCAAUGA